AUGAACAACAACGGCUUUGUGGCCUGUUGUGGUCGUAUCCAAGGUCCUCCUUGCAGCCUACAUGACGUUGUUGAAGGAUGUGGCGCCGUCAUCUUUGCGAGAACAACCCAGCCGCAGUCAGUGAUGCAUCUCGAAACGAACAGUAACAUCUACGGCCGGACAGUCAAUCCAUGGAACCGCAAUCUCAGCGCAGGUGGAAGCUCUGGAGGUGAAGGUGCUUUGGUUGGCUUUCGCGGGAGCCCUCAGGGUCUUGGCGGCGACAUUGGCGGCUCGAUCAGAUCUCCCGCCGCCAACAAUGGCGUCUACGGUUUCAAGCCGACACCUUUCCGGGUUGGAAACACUGGUGGCAUGGGCCUCAUAGUUGGCCAAGAAGGCAUCAUAGGUUGCAUUGGGCCGUUAUCGCCAACUCUCUCUGGCAUUGAGCUGUUUAUGAAGGCCUACCUCGACACCAUGCCGUGGGUUAGAGAGAAUUAUCUAGUCCCGAUACCUUGGCGAGAUGUUGAGCUCCCAAAGACACUCAAAAUUGGUAUAAUGUGGUCUGAUGGAAUUGUCAAACCCCACCCACCCAUUCACCGAGCCCUUUCACAGGUUGCCAACGCACUCAAGUCGGCCGACUUCGAAGUUGUCGACUGGCAGUCCAAGGACCACGACGAGUGCUGGAAGCUAACGAGCGCCCUGUAUUAUGAAGAUGGAGGCGACCGCCUUCGAUAUAUGCUGAAGAUGGGCGAUGAGCAAGUGUUGCCCUUGACCGAAUGGCUACUGGGUCAAGAGGAGGUGAAAGCUAGAAGCGUGGAGGAAGUUUGA